AUUUUUGGAAACCUUCAGCUCCUAUAGGUGUUGACUUUAGUUUCUCAGUGUGGUCAAACACUGGUAAUGGAUAGCAUUUUUUUCAUGUGUGUAAGUGGACAUUCCUUUUCUGCCUGAAGACAAGCAGCUUUGUUUGAGGUUUGCAUGACAAGACAGAGGAUGGGAGGGAAACAAAAGCUUUGCAGGGCUAGGACUGAAGCACACUGAGGAACACACACUGGCUUCAACUCUCCAGAGCGGAAUGGGGUACUACAUUUUUCUUCCAUGCCUUUUCGGAUACUAACCUGAGGAGCAUAAGCCUGAACUUGGAAAAGGGACAACAAAUUCAAGUCGCUGGAAUGAAUACGAGGAAAAGCAGCAAGAACCUGUGGUGGCUUUAUGAGACAGAGGUGCCACACAUCAGGCUUCGUGAUGCAGCUUGUGGUGCCAGUCUAGCAGAGAAGCUAAGCCCAGAGCACCUGCACAUCCUGAGAAAUGCAUUCAGCGGCCCCACCGCUGAACUUCAGACUCAGCCGCAGAGGCUGAAGGGAAGGCAUGAAAAUCGAGGCGAAGAGCCUGGAAGAACGCUUCAAGAAUUUCGGGAGUUACUGAAGUCUGUGAUUGGUCCAGGUGUUGAGGACUCGUGGAUCCAGAGAUCCUUCAGUGAGGUAGACAUCAGCUGUACAGGAGAGGUAAAUUGGCGGCAACUGUGUUCCUACCUGCUUCUGGAGUACACUGAGACACAGCGGGCCUCCGUUCCCAUAGCGGCCCUGCUGGAUGCCCAGCCUCAGUUCAAACACUGCUCUCACAACAGGCGGGAGCCGACAGUUCGUGUAGUAGCUGUUUCCCAUCCACCUCCACUCCGCUACAUUAGUGUUAGUAAGGGUGGUCAGAUCACUGUCUGGAGCAGCAGCCUACGCAUCCUGAAAAACUUUGUGCUAGCUGGAGAUCCAACAGAGGAAGUGGCCAACACGCGGAGGUUCAGGGGCUGGACCACUGAUGCUGUGUAUAUGGACACAGUACACAGGGUUGCCAUAGCAACUGACUGCAGGGAGCUACACUUUAUCAAUGUCAAUCAAACCAGUGUAUUUGAGGAUAUCCAUCUGUUUGGGUUUCAUUGUGUCCCAACAGCUCUUUGUUACUGGCAUGAUAGACAGAGCCCAGAGCAACCACCACUGCUGCUCCUGGGAGACGAAAAAGGAGGAGUCCACCUAAUGUGGUUUCUGAAUCCGAUGAAAGGGCUUUUUAAGAACCCAUCCAAGACCAACAGCGAACCACAAAGAAUCUUUUUCCCUGACUUUCGUGAGCAUAGCAACAUGGUUUCGUACCGUCACAUCCCCAAAAUCCACCCGGAGCCCAUCAACAGAGUGAUGUUUGAACCCUGUGGUAAUGUCAUCAUGACUUCAUCAGAGACUGACACCACGUCUGUGGUCUUUAUCAGUGUGUCACAGAAGCAAGGGCCCUACAUUUGGAAAUUUAAGCAGGGAGCUAAAUGCUUUGACUACAAUUCUGCUCUGCAGUUGUUGGUCACAGGAGGCCGUGACCAAAUAGUCAGGCUGUGGACACGAUACGUGACCACCAGUCCUGUGGCUACACUUCGGGGUCACCAUGCUACUGUUAUAGAUGUUGGAAUCUACCAACCGGUCGGGCAGAUCUUCAGCUACUCCAGAGACUGUGAACUGAGGGUUUGGGACAUUUCCACUCACCUCUUACUGAAAACUGUCCGCCUCCACUUUCCCUGCUUGGUAGCAGGUCGCAUCCAGGAGCAUGGCAACUUUCCCUUCCUGCUGCUGAGCCCCCCUCUUCCCGAGGACACGUGGCCUCAUUUGAUAGUUGGAUGCAAAGACUACCUGGCGUGCCUCGAGCUGGCUGAGGCAAAAAGACCGGAGGGUUGUUGGUUAACAGACGAAGGAAGCACAUUUGGGACAGAGAGUGGAAGCCAGCCAUCCCUGUUGUCCUGUGCCCUCUACAACCCCACCCUGCUCCAGGUGGUGACUGGGCACGUGGACUCGUCCGUGUCUCUGUGGGAUGUAAAGACAGGGAGGAAGCGUCUUCAGAUUUUAAACGCUCAUGGGAAAGAGGGAAUCACCUGCAUGGAAUUCGACUCUUCUCAAAGAAGACUAAUUACUGGAGCUCAAAAUGGCACAAUCAAGGUGUGGAAUUUACUGAAUGGCCUCAAUUUGCACAAGUUGGAGCCUGUCACCUGUUCGGAGGUCACCGGCCUGACGUGUCUCCAUGACAACCAGCUGCUAGCCGUUGGUUGGAGCCAGAGGGUUAUUCAGUACAACAUUGCGGGAGCCAAGGACCUGAAAGUGAGGGCAGACCUGUCCUGGAAGUCUAAAGGUGUUCACAAGUCGGAUAUCAUGGCUGUGCGUCAGUGCACUUCUUUGGGGGUUGUUGCCACAGCAAGUUAUGACGGAGAGGUAGUCAUCUGGAGGCUGGAGACGCAGGGGCCAUCACUCAGCCUACAGAGGGAGGCGCAAGAAGGAUCAGCGCUCCCUGUGGACGAGCUCUUGUUCCUUCACCAUCGGGCUGCGAGCAGAAAGCUGAGAGUCAGGAGUGUCCUGGUGUCGUCGCAGGCCGGCCGCCUGAGCUUCUGGAGCAUCACCGGAGAGCAGCGCGCUCACGCUCGUUUCUAUGCUCCCGAGCAGCCGGGCCAGCGAGUGCUGACCCUCUGCUCUGACCAGACCAAGAACAGCAUCCUGGUCUCAGGGGACACACUGGGCUGCCUUCACAUGUGGGACAUUUCUUCUUUUGCUCUGAGCGUCCAACGCGAGGUGAGACGGGAGCAAACCGAAACAAAGCCGCACCGCGUACUACCUCGCGUGAUGCCUUCUGUUUCCGUGCAGUCGGCCUGCGAGCGGCCUCCCCUGCUGCGGCGUUGGAGGGCUCACGCCCGGCCGCUGGUGUGCGUAGAGCUCCUGGAGGAAGCCGAGAGACUGUUUGUCCUCACGGCAUCGGCCGACGGCGCAGCUGGGCUGUGGACAGAGGAGGGCCAUCACGUGGGCUAUUUUGGACAGGAGAUGGUGUGGAGCAUCACUGAUCCGGCUACUUACGGCAGGCAAAAGCAGAGCAACCUGAGAGAUGAUGAGAAGGAGGAGAAUGGACGUGAAAACCGAGGACAAACUUCAACCUCUCCAUCAGAGACUGAUCAUGAACAACCUCAGCAGCCCAUGCGUGCCGUUGUGGACCGGCCCUUUCCUGAGGCUGCCAGCUCA